AAACACCUGAUGCGUUGAGUGUUGUCGCGAUGAAAUCAGAACAAUCGCGAUGACGGUGAAGGAGAGAUUGGAAGCAUAUAGGCGCAAAAAGCGCAGACAGGAAAUGAUGGAAUCGAUCAAGAGCGUAAUGAGAAACAUAAUUUUAUGGAAUCGUGAAGAUAAAAUCGAGCAUUCCUUUACUGAAGAAUCAGUAAAGGAGGAACAGGUGAAAUUGUGCAAACACUCAGUAGUUGUCGAAGAGGAUGUCCAGGUUCAGGAGGUAGACAUUCAGGAGGAGGAUAGCAUGCAGGGAUCGCAAAAUACAGUGUUAGAGCGUGUAAUCUAUUUAUUAUACUUUCUGUUGUGGGCCACAUUAUAUAUGAUCGCGCUGGAGUACGAGUUUGGUGCUGUCUACUUCAUACUGUCUGCUUUGAUCUUUAUCUGUUUAAACACCAGAUCAGGGCCAAAGCGACGCGGCGAACCCAGUGCUUAUUCUGUCUUCAAUCCGAAUUGUGAGGCAAUAGAGGGUACUCUUGAUGCGUCACAAUUCGAAAAAGAAAUACGAUAUGGUAUAGGAGGGAUACGAUAAAGUUUACAUUAAUCAAGAA